AUGAGUUUGGAAGAGAUCCAAAGUACUCUGCGUGAUCCAACCUUUUCCGGGGACCUCUAUUCGACUGCCUGGCCGUUCGCUCGGAUGUGCCAUAGCCUUCGCGUGGGCGUCGCCCUGCGCGUUGGGUCCUGCGAUGCAAUGAAGCGCCUGCAGUGGGUUUUGCUCGCAGCGGCUUGUGCGCUCGCCAAUGCUGGAGAGUUUGAAGCUCCUGCUGUGCAACAGGCCCUCAAGCUCCUGAGCAAUCUCCAAACACAGGUGUCAGAAGAAGGGAAGGAGGCAGAGAAGGUCUUCGAUGAUGAAAAGAAGCUCUGCAGUGGAAGGUCCAGAGAGCUGCGCCAUAGCCACGAGGGUGUCAAGACUGAACUGGCCAAGUCUGAUGCGGAACUGGCACAGGCCAACAUUGAGAUUGACACCAUGAGCACCAAGAUCGAGGAGUUGGCUGUGGCCAUCGCGUCGGAUGAGAACGACCUGAAGGAGGCUCAGAAGCUUCGAGAUGAGGAGGCUUCGGUGUUUGUGAAGGAGGAGCAGGGCCUUAUGUCCACUGUAGAUGCCUUGGACCGGGCCUUGGCCAUCGUUGGUCACGAGCAAAGAAAGGUUUACAAGAGCCAAGCUUUGCUGCAGAUGGAGAGCACUGCCACUCCAUUGGUCGAAGCUUUGUCGGCUGUGGUGGAGGCAUCGGCUGUGGGCGCGGCAGACCGCCAGCGUUUGCAGGCCUUGAUUCAGAGCUCGCAAACAACUGUGGCCACGGAGGAUGCAGAGGAUGCAGAUGUGGACGCCGCCCUGGGGGUGGAGCCCAGUCCUGUUGCAUACAGCUCCAAGUCUGGAAAUUUGGUGGCAGUACUUAACGAGGUCUUGGAAAAAGCUCAGGGUGAGCUCGAGAAGCUACGCCGCGAGGAGCAGGAGAAGCUCCACAGCUUCCAGCUGCUGAAGCAGUCCCUGGAGUCCAAGAUGAAGUACUUGAACCGUGAUAUGGCUUCAGCCCAGGAAUUGCAGACCGAAGCCUCACAAAAGAAGGCCACGGCCGAGAAAAACUAUGAGGCGGCCAAGAAGAGCAUGUCCGAAGCUGCUGGUGCACUUCAGGACCUGCAAGAGAGCUGCCUGAAAAAAGCUUCCGAGUUUGAAAAGGACAUGCAAGCCAGGGCAGAAGAGGUCCAGGCGCUGCAAGAGGCCAAGAAUGCCAUUUCAUCUAAGAUGGGAAGUGACGUGUCCUUCCUCCAGGUGUGUCGUGCCCGAGGCGUCGAGGCAGCUUCAGAAUCCGCAGAGCGCAGCGGUGCUGCGGCUGCAGCGAGAUCGGUGAGGCGGUUGGCCGUCAAGUUGGAUUCACCUGUGUUAGUUGAGUUGGCGGGGCGUUUGGACUACGCUGCAGGCAGUCACUUAGCGCGCUUCGGUGGUGAGGAUCCAUUUAAAAAAGUUCGAGGACUCAUCGAAGGGAUGAUUGGCCAUCUUCAAUCCGAAGCUCGAGCAGAAGCGGAUCACCAGGCAUUCUGUGACAAAGAGAUGUCUGUGACGGGCAUCAAAAGUGCGGACAAGCAGGACGAUGUCGACAAACUGGGGACCAAGAUCGAACAGGGCCAGGCGCGACUGACGCAUCUGACUGAGCAGACUGCCACGCUGCGGGAGGAGCUCACAGACUUGGCCAAGACGCAGCUGGAAAUGGACGAGGUGAGAACUAAGGAGAAAGCCCUGUUCGACAAAGCCGACGGCAACGCGAAGGAUGCCAUGGAGGGGCUGCGCUUGGCCCUGCAGGUGUUGCGCGGCUACUAUUCGAGACUUGGGGACCCUGCAGGCCGAGGUAAGCAAGUGGUUUCGAUGCUGGAGUAUGCCAAGUCUGACAUCCACCGCCGUGUCACGAUCUUGACUGGAGAGGAAGAGCAGGCUGUCUCUGAAUACCAGCGAGUCUCGAAACACAAUGCGGUGCUGCAAGGGACCAAACAGCAUGAAGUGGAUACCUACACUGCAGAUGCCACGGCCUUGUCAAAGUUGUUGAACGAAUUGAAGUCGGACCACAUCAGUGCCAAAGAGGAGCUUGAUGCCCUUCAGGAGUACAUGACGAAGCUGCAGGAUCAGUGCGUGGCCAAACCGGAGCCCUACGAGGAGCGCAAGGAGAAGCGAGAAAAGGAGAUCCAAGGACUUCGAGAGGCUCUAGCUGCGCUGGAUGGCAGCCAGGUGCCGGUAAGCGUCUUCUUGCAACUGAGGGGCAGCACGCGGUCUCAGUUGGUGCCAGAUGUGCGCUGA